AUGACAGCGCCCCUUGUCAGGGGCCGCAAAGAGUUUGGGUGCGGUGGGCCACAGUGGAAGCUAUUUGGAAUCAUCCUUCUGGUGUUAACGUUCGUCUGUGUGGAACUCGCAGCAAUUGGAGUCGGAGCUGCGCAUGUGCACCAGUGCAAAGUGGAGGAGAAGAUCCCAGUGUUCCUUGUGGUUUCCGGCGCGCUAUGCCUGCUGGGAGGUGUGACAAGUGUGAGGCGAUCACGUGGGGAACGGAUCGACACCUGCUGUUGCAGCUACACCUGUGACAGGUACAACAUACCUGUGGUGCUGCUGAUAGUGGGAUGGUUCAUUACAGGCAAUGUUUGGGUGUACUCCGUAUACCCUAGCGUAAACACGGUGGACACCGGAAAUCUAUCGUAUUGCCAGCCCACACUCUACUUCUUCGCCUUUUGUUACGUCACCAUCAAGUGGAUCAUGGCUGUCCUGGCUGCCAUGGCAUUGCCGUUCGUCAUGACGUCAUUCUCCCUGCCGUUCACGGUACAGUCGCCAGGUGGCAGGCACGGUUAUUCCCCCUUCUAGACUAUCAAGCUCUAGAAGAAGUAAAAGAUGACACUGCGUUUUGUGACAGCAAUGGCAUGCUAGUUGUUAUGCAGUUUACGAAUUAUGUACGAUAAGAGAAUGAGUUUUUCAGUGUAACAUCUGCAUAAAGUAACAUUAUAUUGUAUUGAUAUGUGGACUUCUGUCCAUGCAACCGCAAUGCCGUAACUGUUUGGAAAAUAACAAAACGAUUUUCAUUCAUAGGUAUAUUAGAUAAUGCAGUUGUAACAUCGACGACUUACCUGUAAUUUUACUUUUGACUUCUUGUAUGUGAGAAAGAGAUAUACUGAAUUUUCCGACACUGUUGACGUACACUGCUCCUAUAUCUUCUAUUACUGUAUAUAACGUUACAUGUACAUGUAGAUCGAUCCAUCAUGAUUAAUCCCUAUACAAUAUAGAUACUAAAUUACUUUCGUCUCAAUGUUGGGUGUGGAGCACAGGUGUGUAGGUGUGUAGAGAGACUGUGCUGUGGGAAGCAUAGAUGGUUUCCAAAUGUAUUACGUCACAAAAAUGAAAACGAAAGUUCCGCUGUAGUAAGGUAACAAGACAUUAGGGAUCCCCAAAUCUAAUUGUUUUAAGCUGUCAUCGUGUUGUACAUUCAGAUCAAAUGUCAAAACAAUUCAUCAAGGAUUUCUCGAGUUAUGGUGCACAUGAUGACGUACAGGCGCUAGCACACACACACACACACACUCACACACACACACACACACAC